AUGAGUCAAUCGUCUCUGAUCGUCCGUAAGGGAGGUCCCUCCAAUGGUGAUCGACAUACUUUGAACUCUGAAGAUGAUAUCAUCCGUAUUCCGGACUGUGAUAUCAAUGACGCCAAGGAACGAUUCCGUCUCACUCUAAUUGGGCGGGUCUUUCACGUUCGUGGGCGCAGUAUCGACGCUCUAAUCAACCUCCUCCCCCGCCCUCGUAUCUGGAACGUAGAAGGAAGAGUCCGUGGACUCAACCUGGGGAACGGUCGGUUCCAGUUUGACUUCGACAAUGAAGCGGACCUACAAAUGGUUUUAAACAAGCGUCCCUGCCACUUCAACCAAUGGAGUUUCGCACUGGAACGUUGGGAACCUUUCACUAGUGAAACUUUUCCAAACACAAUUCCCUUUUGGAUAAGUGUAACAGGAGUCCCAGUUCACUUCUGGAAUGAUAAAACCUUCACGGAGAUCGCUAAUGCGCUUGGUAAGAAAAUCCUCAUUGAUGCAAAGAAGGCGAGAAUUCAAGUCUCCAUCGCAGCUGACAAGCCCCUGCAGUUUGAACGCCGAAUAGGCUUCCCAAAUGGAGAUAUUGGGAAAGUAACUCUUACAUAUGACGGUCUUCAUCGCUACUGUUUUACCUGCAAGCUUAUCUCCCAUGAUGAAAACACUUGCCCCCUCUUAACGCCAGAGGAAACGGAGCACAAAAGAAAGCAAAGGCUAGAUAGCCAUGAUAACAAUGAUCAAUCAAAACUCCCUAUCUAUGGCUCUCAAGUGUUUAACUCCAAGAAUCCCCUGAAAAGACCCCGAUCCCCUAUUAAUGGGAGACACCACAGUCCUUCACCAACCUCAAGAAACAGAGAGCUUUACCAAAAUGAAAACGAAGGAAGAGCACGGCCUCAUCCUUCUCAACUCGUGAGGCACGAGAUCGCAAAAGCUCCAGUAGGCAGGGUAACCGGCAAUCACACCAAGGUAGAGAAGUAUGGAGUCGACUAG